AUGAAGUCUCCCAACGAAACUAGCUUUACUAAUCACACCCUUGAAAAUGCAUCAACUUUCGGGGCUGAUCUCUCUAUUGAAUCCAAUGAGUCCCUUGUAUCGCUCGAUGAAUACUUGAGCAACACUUUACCUCUACAUUUACAACAGCUUUUCCUAGAAAACUUGCAAAAAAGGCAACAAGGGAUUCUUGAAAGCGCAUCUGAUUCAAUAAUUGAGGCAGUUCGAGACUCGUCUCAACAGAAGUUUCAAAAUGGGCUCCAUCUGUCGCUUGAUUCAGGGGUUGGCUCAAAAGGCUCAGUGUUCUCUGCAUGGUCAUUUGCGCAAGGACUUGUCAUAGGACAAUUAAGUGUAAUAGUGGUGCUCAUUUUUUUCAUCAAGUUCUUUAUUUUCAGUGAAGGCCCCAUAAAGACGGAAGGUCCUAAAGGAGGGAAGUCAGGUCCAAAAAGAGACUCUGCAUACGUUUCGCCCUUACUAUCAACCUCAACCUCUCAUUUUUUGUCAUCCAUCAUAAAAAGAGGAGAAAGUGAUGGUGCUGAUUCCUCCGAAAACACUGAUACCGACCGCAAGUUUUCGCAAAUCAACACAAUUUUAGAGAAAACAUAUUACAAUGUUGAGACACAUUCCCCAGAGACUUUGGAUUGGUUCAACGUCUUAAUCGGACAAACUAUUCAACAAUUUCGUGAAGAAGCCUUGCAGAAAGACAACAUUGUUCAUUCGCUCAAUAAUUUUAUUGCAAGGAAGUCUGGAGAGCUGCCUCAAUAUCUCGACACAAUCAAGAUAACAGAACUUGACAUUGGCGAAGAUUUCCCUAUUCUAUCCAACUGUCGCAUCCAAUAUUCGCCAAAUUCUAACAAGCAGAGACUCGAGGCUAAAAUAGAUAUUGAUCUCAGUGACCGGCUUGCACUAGGCAUUGAGACCAAGCUAUUGGUCAACUAUCCAAAACCGUUUACAGCCGCUCUUCCCAUCCAGCUCACCGUUUCGAUUGUGCGUUUUCAGGCAUGUUUGACCGUCUCUUUGACGACUGCAGAGGAAUUUGUUCCCACUUCAGAAAACGAAGCAUCGUAUGGUUCGGAAAAUGGUGGCUACUUUUUGAUGUUUUCUUUUUCACCUGAAUACCGCAUGGAAUUCGAUGUCAAAUCUCUUAUAGGUGCCAGAUCGAAAUUGCAAGAUAUACCUAAGAUUGGCAGCUUAAUAGAAUCUCAGAUCAAAAAGUGGUUCGUUGAGCGGUGCGUUGAGCCACGAUUCCAAUUCAUAAAACUACCAAGCUUAUGGCCAAGAAGCAAAAACACGAGAGAGGAAAAGACAGAGAAUGAUGACAUUUCAAUGAAAUCUACUGAUUUGUAG